GUAAGCAUCAUUGGCUACUGUUUUUAUGUCUUAUAAGUUCAAGUAGAAUAUGCUGGUGACCAUUUUCGGUAGAGUGCAAGUUGAAGAAAGUUUUCCAAGAACUAUCUGUACAUAGAUAACUAUAGACAUACAUCGGUCUUUGCAUAAUUUUAAAAAGAACAGGAGAGUUGUCCGCAACGUAUUCGACACGAGGGUGAAACCUAAUAGAGAGAAAAAGGAAGUAAGGGCUUGCUUCGAACAUGUUUGCAAUCAUUGAACCAGAUACGGAACUUCACACGAGACUCUUUGACAAGUGAUUUUUAAAAGUCGAUCGAUGACUAUUGGACUGAAAGGUUUUCGAACAUAUUUUAUUUACGGGAGAUAGCACGUUCCUCCAAUUUGAAGACACGGUUCCAAACACUGCAGUCGAGCUGUAAUCGCAGCUUCGAGAGAGGGCUGUUUAGUCUUACUAUGCAGACGUUUAAGCCACUUCGAGAACGGUGCUCUUUGAUAUUGCAGGAUCUGCGGAAAAAGAGAGGGACCUGGGGACUUGUUCGGGAUUCAAACCCGGGCCUCCUCCGUCCCAGACAAGGGCGCUAUUCGCUGCGCCAUCGAGGCCCUGUUGCGCUUUUUACUUUUUCCGGGUCCUUUUCACGUACACAUUGGAGAGGCGCUACCGAUCCUACAGUAUAUUGAUCAACAAGUAAAAUUCAACACUACCGAUUUUGACGGAUUCAAGUACCGAUUACUUGCUAAGCAAUGGCCGCUACGUUCGAUCAAUAUGACAAGUCUAGUUGGUACUUUGGUGCAAUGUCACGUCAAGAUGCCUCGGAUUUACUGAUGGGUGAAAAAGAAGGUGGCGUGUUUUUAGUACGCGACAGCACAUCGAUACAGGGAGAUUUUGUAUUGUGUGUACGAGAAGAUAGCAAGGUUAGCCAUUACAUAAUAAAUAAAAUUCAGCAGGGUGAUCAGAUAAGAUAUCGGAUUGGAGAUCAAAUGUUUCCUGAUAUUCCCAACCUUUUGGCUUUUUAUAAAUUACAUUAUUUGGACACAACGCCAUUAAUCAGACCUGCUCCAAAAAAGACACAAAGGGUAGUAGCAAAAUAUGACUUUGAAGGCAAUGAUCCUGAUGACUUACCAUUUAGAAAAGGUGAAAUUCUCACAAUAAUAUCAAAAGAUGAAGAGCAAUGGUGGACUGCCAGAAAUAGCCUCGGUCAAACAGGAUCAGUUCCAGUUCCAUAUGUUCAGAAAUAUGAAGAGGAUAAUCAUUCGGUCAUGGAGAAUAAUUCACGUCCAGAAAGUGGAGGAAGUUCGUCUGUGAAUUCAAAUUCUGUACAAGUUUCUACUUCACAAAUGCCUUACCCGGAAAGUGGACAAGGGACCACACGGAGAUCAAAUAUACAGCGACCAUUGCCUGCUUUCGCGAAAGUAAAACAAGCGAGGGUACCGAACGCAUAUGACAAAACUGCCCUCAAACUGGAAGUUGGAGAUGUGAUAAAAGUAACGAAAACUAACAUGAAUGGCCAGUGGGAGGGUGAAUUACAUGGCAAAGUUGGACAUUUUCCAUUCACACACGUCGAGUUUGUAGAUAAUGAGACUGGAGAAGACAAUCAAGAGAUUUAACGCAGGUCUUCCAAAUAUAAUGAGCAAUGAUGUUGACUCGGAGAAUUCUACAUUGACAAUUUAGGUUUACAUUUAACAGCUAUCCUAUGUACCGGUACAUAG